AGGUAGAGUGGUGCAUUCGCCGCCAGGAUGCAGCAGCGCCGCCAGCCGGUGAAUGGCAGCGGAGGAGGAGAAGCCCGCCAGGAGGAGCAGUCCCAGUCCCAGCCCCAGGAUGCGGCGGAAAAAAAGGAUGCAACAAGCAAGGCACCGCGACGCGGCUGCUACUUCUCGCUGGCCUUCUCCAUCGGUUCGAUGGGUCUGGCAUGCGGCAGCCUGUGGCAGAUACCCAACAGCAGUGACCGCAUCUCGCUGCAGCGCGGACUGGUCCUCACCUCGCUGGGAUUCAUCUACUUCGUCUCGCUGACCGACUUCUGCAACAAGUACCUGCUGGAGACGAGCCAUGGCCAGCGGUUCCGCAGCAAGUACCGUCUGAUGAUGUCCGACGUUCUGGAGAUCACCAACAAAAUCGUAUCGGCCAUCCAGGCCUUCUUCUCCUUCCUCGUUGGACUUAUCGUCUGCAAAUCGACGUGCACCAAGUCCUUCGUUUAUGCGUCGCACUUCUUGAUGGAGGCCUACGGUUGGUUCGGCACCGCCUACUUUAUGUACGACAUCUGGUCGAUGUACAAGGUGCACACGCAGAAGAUCGCCGACAAACUGCACCUGCUGCGCAUUACCAAAGGUCAGGGGGCGGCGGUGAGCAAUGGUCAUGCCAACGGCAAGAUCAACGGCAACUCAUCCGGCGGCAACAACAACGGCAGCACUCCGGGUACCCCGCACGAGAUCUGCGACUACGACGGCGCCUGCGUCCAGAUUCCCAAGGACGGCAGAUGGGACUUCCUCAAGUACGUGCUCACACACCCAGUCAUGAUGAUACACCACGUCUUUAUCGGAACGUUUGGACUGCUGGUGGUGACGUAUAUUCGCGGCGGCGGUCACUGCAUCUACAGCUACAUGUUCAUGAUGGAGUUCUCCACGCCGUUUGUCUCGAUGCGCAGCAUCCUGAGCACCAUGCGCCUGAAGGAUUCGCGCGUGUACAUCGCCAACGGGCUGCUCAUGCUGGCCACCUUCUUCGUGUGCCGCGUCUGCAUGUGGCCAUACGUGAUGUGGCGCUACAGUCUGGCCAUCGAGGCUGCCUCCAUGUGGGCGGCCAUGUGCGGGCUGCCACGAGGAUGCCUCGUCAGCAUCGCCAUUCUGUUCUUGCCACAGCUUUAUUGGUUCUAUCUGAUGGUUUUGGGGGCUCUCAAGGUAUUCCUACCGCAGAAGCGACGACCGCCCAAUGCCGUUCUUCCAGAUACAAAUGCGGCCACGCCCACUCCCACCGCCCUCAUAAAUGGCAAAAACUAGUGCAAAUUGUAAACUAUUUGUUUUCUAUCCAUGUAUUUAUUUUGAGGCAGAGUUCCAGCCGCUUCCAUUUUGCGGAGAUCUUGCUAUUGUUUAUACAUUUUUAACAAUUAAUUAUACAACAACGACUCAUCAGGACGGACGGAAUAUUGUUGACACGCAAAAAGGAAUCGGAGAGGAUUGCGACGGACUACGACGGAAAAUUACGACCAGGGACAGAUCUUUAGUUGUAAAAAGACAUUUACUAAAAACCUGAAAAAAACUAAGAACAAAAAGAAAACUAAAACCAAAUGCAGAUGAAGCGAAUAAACUAACUACAUAUAUGUUGCUUAUUUUUUGAAGCAAGCCCCCUAACCAUAAAUGAAUCAAUGUUGCAUUCAAUUCUUGCUAUAUCCACGAAAUCGAUGUUGUUAUUCGCCCCAAAGAUUGUCGAGGGGAAAGCUUGUGUUAAUAACAUAGCCUGUUAGAAAUAUAUAUAGCGAAUGCAGAA